AUGGUGCUCGUGGGGAUUUCACGGGACGACGACGAAAAGGACGCGGCUUACAUGGCGCGAAAAAUCGUCAACCUGCGGAUCUUCGAGGAUGCUGAGAAGCACAGUCGGUGGGGGAAGAGCGUCAAGGACGUCGGUGGUGAGAUUCUCUGUGUUUCUCAGCCCCGUUUUAACCGUUUUUUUUUGAGCGAGCUCCGUCGAGUGUGUGCCUGCACUUCCGUUGACCUUGUUCGCCCAAAUUGGGAUGCCCAGUUCACGUUGCACUCGCUGCUGAAGGGAAACAAGUUGGACUUUCACCUUGCCAUGGCCCCGGACGCCUCAAAGACUCUGUACGAAGCCUUUUUGGUGAAGGUACGCAAGGAGUAUCAGGAUGCUGACAAGGUCAAAGAUGGAAUAUUUGGCGCGAUGAUGGACGUGUCUUUGGUUAACGACGGUCCGGUUACAGUCACCCUCGAUUCGCGCCAACCGUGUCCACCACCACCUCCUCAGAAGACGGUAGAAAACUCUCUGACACCUUCAGGGGAAGCUAGUUAA